AUGAAGCUGCUGUUGUUGAUUACCGUUUGCAGUUCGAACGUAAGGCUCUUGUCGGCUACGUCACGAGGCAUGCCUGUGAUCGAAUACAGCUUUCCAUGCGGGGCUAAUGGGAAAGCAGAUAUCAAAUCGUCAAAUCUUACCCUCGGAAAUCUCCAGGGGAUCGAGAUGGCGCACUGUAAUCCUCUUGAUAAUGGAAUCUCGUCCAAAACCAUGCUGGAAUCCACUUCAAUCGCACCAAUGCGACGAGCCUUUCUCCAGUCGAAUGCUACUGGAUUGGCAUUGGAAUUGUGGAUCAAGCCCAAGAUUCAAAAACCUCCAACUCCCUCCUUCCGACCCAUUGUGACCAUCGCAAGUGAUCAGCAUCAAGUCGACGACAUUUUUGAAUGCCAUCUUACGGACCUUGCCAUUGGGCUUCGUGGUGAUUUACUGGAAUUUCGCUACGUUGACAAUGAUCCAUACCAAUCCUGUAGGAUCUUACUGGUACGAGACCGACCCCUAUAUAACGACGAAACGACACAGAUUGUCAUGACGCUGCACGAGAGCAAGACUAGUGUCUAUGUCAACGGUGAACCCAUCAUUACGGGCGCGCCGAAUAGUUUCAUGACGAAUUUGACAAUGUGGAAUAAGGACAGUACGAUAAGAUUGCUUGCAAAUCGCGAAUCCAUGCCUACAGAUAUCUAUUCGGGAGCGCUGUACCAGGUUUCUAUAUACGACAAAGUUGACGCAGCGGCACGGAUUCAAUUGGCGUAUCAAGAAAAGUUACAAGGCUUCGCGGACGGCCUUGUGAAUCGUGGGCCAUUGAGAUUGGUAGCUUCUGCAGCAUCUGCCACAGUGCUCCAAGGCCAAUCUUCAACAGUUCAGCUCGGAGGAUUCAACCAGUCCAUGCCAGAGUAUGAAGUGUGGAUUGAAAUUCUAGUUCUUCCACAGCAUGGAAUACUGCUGGGCGAGAAAGGACUUAUCCGAGAUCCUGGGAUAAGGCUUCCCUUGCAAACUUCAUCAUUGGAGAUGUCUUUCUUCUAUCGACCGAGGUCUGACAAUUUCUUCACUUCUCCUAGUACCAGUUUCAGUGGGAAGGAAUUAGACUCGAGUCCUGAUGUGGUAGAGUUUCGCCUGGUUGCAACUGGUAAUAACGAUGGUGCUGUGUUGGGAUGGUCGGAACCUGUACAGAAGAACAUCGAUGUGCAACACGUCAAUCGUCCGCCUACUCUUGAGAUAGCAACGACUGCACUUGUUCCACCAGAACAGUCUUCUAGUGCUUGGGGGUAUCCAACAGCUUAUCUCGAUGGUGCCCAGCUAGAGGACCCUGAUGAGAAUGUUGACCGUGUGCGCGUCGAUUUAUGGGCAAAGAACGGAUCCUUGUCUUUUCCAGACUAUUCUACCUUGGCAGAUUUCAGCCCACGAAAGAGUCGGGGUCAUCCAAUUUGGCAAUGUCACGGUGACCCAAGUGGUAGUCGGAAUAUGACAUUCUUAGCUGAACCUGACAGUGUGACUCAGAUUUUGUCUUCAUUGAGGUACGAAGGAUUCUUUUGGGACCAGCAGGAUGUCAUAGUGGUUCGUAUAUACGAUGGUAGUGGUGGUGACUGCUUGGAUGAAGAUGAACAUACAAGAGGUACAAUCCAUGAUGGAUGCUACGAGAUCAUAGCAAAGGUUCAGGUACCCCCAAUCUUCAUGAGGAAAAACGAGUUCAAGCUAAAAGAUAUCUCUUUUGUACAGAUAAGCUUCUGGCUAAUGCUUUUCGUCCCCAUUCUGGCAGUGCUCUUCGUGCUCCAGCGUUUGCUCUCGUGCAUCAAUUUAUGCCGGAAAGGGGGUGGUGUCGGUGUCGAAGGAGGCAUUGGUGGGGAUGAGUCGCCCGAAUACUAUGAGUGGGAUACCGAAGCUGAGAUGCCUCGAUAA